AUGCACGCCGACGCGGAGGAGGCGAAGGCCACCACCCUCGCCGCUCAAGGCGGCGACGGCGCGGGUUCCGUGCGACGGCCGUGGAAAAUGAGCAGCCGCGUUGUCGCGCGCAUCGAGGCGUCGCUGUCGCGCUUCACGUGGCGGAAGCCGCCGCCUUCUCCCACGGCCCCGUGCAAACCGCCCAGGUCGCCGAUAGCCGCGAGUGUCACCGCCGAUCCGCCAGCAUUUUCUCCGAAAUCGCCCAAUAUUGCGUCGAGGAGGUUCAAGCAGCGCGGCGCCGCGGAGUCGCAGAUUCAGUUCCGCGUCUCCCCGUCCCCGCGUUCCUCCGCCGCUCGCGUCUCUCCGGGACUUGAUUCCGCUGCCGCCCGCAAGCGCAAUGCCGCGCACGCCACACAGGAGGAGCCCGUCCUGGGUCGUGGGGCGUCCGCCGCUCGUCGCGGGCGGGCAGGCUUGAGCAUGGAUGAGGGGCAGCUGCGCGCAUGGCAGCUGCACGGUGCAGCAACGCCUUCAGACGCCGUUGACAAAGACAGUCUAGACAGGAAUGCCUCGAUCGCCAGGUGGAUCGACGGCACUGGUCGCGCCAUGACGUCAGCAUCUCGUAUAAGUCCUGUCAGCGUGAUUGGCGCGCAACAUGCGCAUAGCUUCCGCCGAUACAGCACGAUCUGCCAAGCGCGGGCGGAAAGCGGGAGCGCGGAGGCACGGAAUGGUGCGGGGAUCGGCGCGGAUGCGCGCGGGGGAAGAGAGGGGUUCGCGGCGGACGGGAUCAUUGUUCUGGCGGGCGGACUGAAGAGAGACGGCACCGUUCCAGAGUGGGUGGCGCGGCGCCUGGAUGCAGCGGCGGAGCUCUACUGCGCCAUGAACGGGGAGGAGGGGGAUGCCGCCAUAAACGGGGUCCAGGGGGGCGCCUCCGCCUCCGCCAGCGCGUGCCGCUGCCCCAUAGUGGUGCUGGGGGCGGGCACUCCGCACGUGCAGCCGGUGCUGAGUCAACACGGGCACAUGUGGCAUGAGAGCAGCGCGUGCGCUCAGUACCUCAUGGACAAGCACGGCAUUCCCUCCGCACACAUCUACAAGGAGUGGGCGUCGUACGACACCGUGGCAAAUGGCUUCUUCUCGCUCGUGUGGCAUGCAGUGCCGCGGCGCUGGCAGCGCCUGCUGGUGCUCACGUCCGCCUUCCACAUGCCGCGCUCCGCCCUCAUCUUCCACUGGAUCUUCUCCCUGCAUGGCUCGGCGCAUUCUCUUCCGCGCUCUCCUCACUCUCCUCCGCUGCUUUCACCAUCCUCCUCCUCCUCCUCCUCCUCCUCCUCCUCCUCCUCCUCCUCCUCCUCCUCCUCCUCCUCCUCCUCCUCCUCCUCCUCCUCCUCCUCCUCCUCCUCCUUCCUCCCCCUCUCCCCCUUGCGGCCACCACACGGCCAAUGGGAGGAGUACAUUCCCCCCUGGAGGGACCAUGGGGGAAGGGCGGACGGAAAAGAGGAGACUGUGGAGGGGGAAGGUGCAUUCAGGGGAGGGUGGUCUGCAGGACAGUGUGGGGGGAAGGCAGAGGGGAAUGGGGCUCCGUUGGGGGAUUCACCUGAUCAGGUGGUUUCUCAGGUGGCGUCACCUGGGGAUCCGUUGGAGCAGGGCUAUGAGAUUCGGUUCAUCAGUGCAUCGGAUGCCGGAAUCAACCCUGACAUGAUUCAGCCGAGCUUAGGCAAGGAGGCGGGCAGCAUUCGCCUGCUGCAGCAGUGCAUGGCAUGUCUGCAUCUUCUUCCUGCCUCGUCCUGUUCCCCACCACCACUCCCAACACUCCCUGCUCUGUAUCCCCCUCCCCUCUGGCAUUCGCCUGCUGCUGCUCUUCAUUGCAUCAGCCCGGCAAAGAAAGGAAGCGGACAGCAUUCGUCUGCUGCUGCCCUACAUUGCGCCCGGCAAAGCAAGGAAGCGGACAGCAUUCGCCUGCUGCUGCCCUACAUUGCUUCAGUGCGCUCCUUGCCAGCCUUCCACCACUACAUGCACACGGAGCACCGAGCAUACAACGUGCAGCACCAGGAAGAGUUUGGACGGGUGAAGAGUGCUGAGGAGGCGACGUUUGAUCCCAUCAAGCUGUGCUACUGA